UCGGUGACGGGGCUCUCGUCGUGGGCGGGGCUAGAACCUCCCGGGAUUGCGCUCCGGCCUCCCCGCCAACACUUGACCCCGGAAGCUGGCCGUCGGGCUAGGGACUGCGGCGCUCGCCACUAGGACCGCCUUCACGUUAGCGCUGCCACCGGUUCUCGCUGACGGAAGCUGAAGGGAGGCGGCUCGGCCUCAGGUGCUCGGUCGACGCCGGCAGCUCACCGCCUUGAGAGCAGCAGACAUGUUUCACUUCUUCAGAAAGCCUCCAGAAACUAAAAAGCCUUCAGUAUCAGACACAGAAGAUGACGGAUUUGUCCUUUUAGGACAUGCAGCGAAUGAACAAAGAAUGGAAACCAAAAGUAAAACUUCAGAAGUAGAAGGCAGCAUACCACUGGAAACCAGCAAGGAAAAUUCACCCAGUGCAAUGGUAGCAAACCCUGAGACAGAAAACAAGGCAGGCCAGAUCCUGGAAAACAGCGCAAUAAUGACCGAACUUUUGAGCGACGUGCCUUUCACCUUGGCUCCUCACGUGCUGGCUGUGCAGGGCAUCAUCAGUGACCUUCCAGACCACUUACUCUCCGAUGAUGUCAGUGAAAAUCUAUCACGGUUUUGGUAUGACUUUACUCUUGAAAAUUCAGUGCUUUUCAAUUCAUAAUCUUUAUGUUUUAACAGCUUAGAAAUAAUUUUGUCUCGUUGCUUUAACCUAGUUGAUGUCCCUUGCCAUUUCAUUGUUAAAAAGCCCUCAUAUAGCAUAUAUCUACUAAUAUUGAAUUUAAAUUUCACUUUGUUAACAUUCCUUUAAAUUA